AACCACAACCAAAACAAAAACAAAAACAACAAUUCAACGAAAAUCAAUAACAAUUAGAAGGCUCCAAAAAAGACAAAACAAUAAAAAAAACAAUAGAAAUUACAGCAUCGAGUGGGCGAGCGAGGGGACCUUCGACCUUGUGGCUUGUGGCCCGAAAAUGACUCUGAGUGAAGAUCAUCGCAAAUAAAUGGAACACGCGUUCGAAAACCACAUUUAAGUGCGCGAAAUCAAAACGAUAAUUUAAGUGCCACAAAUGGAGCAGCCACAAUAGGCGGAACAGAAAAUCAAGAACUCUUAGUGUUGUGCGUCUAUGAGGAGAACAGCAAAGUUUUUUGUUUUUUUUUUUUUGGGCUCCAACUGCCUGCACACCCUCACACGGACGGACAGCGACAGAGACGGACAGGGAGAGGGACAGAGACAGGGACAGGGAGAGGAGACGGCAGACAGCAGACGGAUGUGUGUGUGAGCGACGGUGAGCGGUGAAGCAGAGUCGAGUCGAGGUGAGAAGAGAAGAGGGCUGCGUGUAGGCAGAAGGUGGCAGCAGCUGGACGCUGGACCUGGACCAUGGAUUGGACUCGGUGGCAAGAGGCCAGAGAAGGAGCUGGCAGCGGCAGCAGCAGCAGCAACAACACCCGGAGUGGCAGCAACGAUUGCGAUUGUGAGACACGGCACAGCCAUCGGCUGUUGCACAUUUGAUUCGUCGAGUCGAGGCUUCAUCACAACAGCGGACGGGGAACAAGCAGCCAGAGCCACGUGAGGCGCCAAGCAAUUUGUACAAACAUUUGCGCAAACAAAACGCAAGCGAGCGAAGGAACGGAGGAGCGGAAGAGCGAAGGAGGCGAAGGAACAGCUGUACGGCCACUCCGUGGUCCGGCCGUCGCGUGACCCGCGAGUUUUGCACAAUAAACAACGUAAUUGCUCAUAACGCGGCCCCGGGGCAGGAGUGGAGCCCUUUGAGGAGUGCUGUCCUGUGAAUGACCCACGGAGGAGGCAGGAGCCGCAAAGCAGGGCGUCCGGAGAGCGGGAGAGUGCGAGAGUGGGAGAGUGACGAUAACUAACCGUUUAUAGCAAUUAUACGACCGAGGCCGAGGCAAACGGGCAAGAAGUGAUUUGUGAGUGCGUGCCGAGUGUGUGUGUGUGGUGGCAGGUGGUGGUGGUGGCUCGAAACAAUUAGACUCCCGGGCGGAAAUCCACCCGGAAGAGUAGCACCCACUCGCACCCCGGCUGGCUAGAUGUAUAAACCGGACACCCUUACGCGCCGCGGCAGUCUGAGAUCCCUGCGAAGCGCCCCCCUACUGAGCACGGUGCUGGAGAGCACACUCUCGCUGACCCGCAUCCAUCCGAUCGCCUCGCUGGAACUGCCCGGCCUCGACUAUGCCAUUCAAUCGCAAUCGGCUCUGGGCGGCCUUGGCCACCAUCGCGAACUAGGCACCUCCCUGCGCAGUGGCAUUGCAGCGAUCACAGCGGCCAGCGCCUCCGCCGGCGGCCUAUCCCAAUCGCAGAGCGCCCUCUUGGGGCGGUACGGCCCAAACGCCUCCAUACGCCACAACGAGCGAAAGAUUGUCCAACCGAAACGGGUUCUAUCACGCAAACUAAAGCCACAUCUUGUUGCGGACACCGUUAAGCAGUAUAUAAGUCGGGCCCAACGCACAACCAAAAAGGGUACCCAAGAGCAACAAAAUAACAUGGAGUUUUUACGCGGCGUCUAUGCGUUUAUGCAAGUGAGUAGAUCAUCGGUGUCUCAUGUCAAAAUCGAUUCACCUGUUUUUCGCCUGCACACCAACGCAACGGUUAUAUUACUGAUCACAUUCUCGAUUGCUGUGACGACGCGGCAGUACGUAGGAAAUCCCAUAGACUGUGUACACACAAGAGACAUUCCCGAAGAUGUUCUCAACACAUAUUGUUGGAUACACUCAACGUAUACAGUGGUCGAUGCGUUUAUGAAGAAGCAAGGUUCCGAGGUGCCUUUUCCCGGAGUUCACAAUUCACAGGGGCGUGGCCCUCUAACAAUAAAGCACACAAAAUAUUAUCAAUGGGUAGCGUUUACACUAUUUUUUCAGGCAAUCUUAUUUUAUACACCAAGAUGGCUGUGGAAAUCUUGGGAGGGUGGCAAGAUUCAUGCGCUCAUCAUGGACUUAGACAUAGGCAUUUGUUCCGAAGCCGAGAAAAAACAAAAAAAGAAAUUACUUUUAGAUUAUUUGUGGGAAAAUUUAAGAUAUCACAAUUGGUGGGCGUACAGAUAUUACGUGUGUGAGCUGCUCGCCCUUAUAAAUGUGAUAGGUCAAAUGUUUCUUAUGAAUCGAUUUUUCGAUGGCGAAUUUAUGACAUUUGGCCUGGAUGUGAUAGAUUAUAUGGAGACCGAUCAAGAAGACCGCAUGGAUCCUAUGAUUUACAUUUUUCCCAGAAUGACCAAAUGUACAUUUUUUAAAUAUGGUUCAAGUGGGGAGGUGGAGAAACACGACGCCAUUUGCAUUUUACCAUUAAAUGUUGUUAACGAGAAGAUUUACAUUUUCCUUUGGUUUUGGUUUAUCUUAUUAACGUUUCUCACGAUGUUAACGCUAAUAUACAGGGUGGUUAUUAUAUUCUCGCCUCGAAUGAGGGUCUACUUAUUUCGUAUGCGAUUUAGGUUAGUGCGUCGUGACGCUAUUGAAAUAAUCGUUCGUCGUUCGAAGAUGGGCGAUUGGUUUUUGUUGUAUUUACUAGGUGAAAACAUAGAUACAGUUAUAUUUCGUGAUGUUGUACAGGACUUAGCGAAUCGUUUAGGACAUAACCAACACCACAGGGUGCCUGGAUUGAAAGGUGAAAUACAGGAUGCAUGAUAUUGGGAGUAUUAGAAACAAUACAAAAUGCAAUUUGUCGUCUCCAACUGAAAACCAUCUAAAAAGUAACUAACUAAAACAAAAAACAAAAAAAACAACUGCAAAAACCACAAGAAAAAAAAAACACCACACCCACAGCAGCAGCCACAGCAAGUACAACGAUCACAGCAGCAGCCGCUUCAUGAAAAAGUUCAAAAACAUGUUUAAAAAAGUCUAAAAAACGUAUCUUCAAAAAAUACAACCAAAAAAACUAUCGUCAGCGCAGUCGCAAUCGCAGUCAUACAUUUCAUCUCAACUCACAUCAGAUAUGAGAUCAGAUCGGAUCAGAUCCAGCUACAGACAGGAGCUGAGCAGCAGGACGGAGCAGAACGCGGAACGGAAAUAACGAUAGUCGAUAGUCGAUAGUAACACCAAUAACGAUAACUACAACAACCAUCGAGCCACACACCACACCACUAGAAGGAAGCGAAGCGGACUCAACUGUACCAAAAGUGCGAGCGGAGGCGGCGGCGGAGGCAGAAGCGGAAUAUUCAUGGGAAAGGAAUAGCAAGAGGAAUAGCAAGAAUGAAAUCAACCAGCAAAGCAACAACAACAGAAAGAAGAGUCGCUAGAUCGUCAGAGAUCGGUGAUCGAUCAGUCAGUCGUCAGUCAAUCAAGAAUGGAUGCUAUGCAUAAAGCAGCCAGAGGAAAGAAGUGGAUCGGGGACUGCCAUUUGGGCGGUUGCCCCGGGCCGGACAAUGCAACCGGAUGCACGUAGCGCCUGCGUCCGGGCGCGUGUCACAUGGAUACAAGUCACAAGAGCGUGCCGCAACAAGCUGGCGCGCGAUUAAAUAGAAAAGUUGCCCCAAAGGACAAGUACAAGGAGUGUGUGCGGCCAAGGACAUGGACAGACGAGGAGGUGGAAAUGGGGAAAUGGGUGUUAGCACCAGUGCUCUCGCUCUUGCUCUGUCUCUCUCAGAGCAUCUCAAUCUCACCCACACGGACACAAGCACACAGACAUCACAAGGCAUCAAUCAUACGCCCCGUAGAACACACACACACACAUACACGGACACACACACACACACACAAAAGCACAUCGCACUUUGCUUGUCAUGCAGCAGUAACUAAACCAAACAUCAACUAAGUCGAGACGACGCCCGCGGAAAAUUGCAUUUCUGUAUUAACCCCAAUAUAAAAUAAGAGGAGCUAAGAGUAGGCUCCACAAAACAUCAGCAUCGAAGAAGAAACACCAACAAAGUCACCAACGAUGCGCGAAAUACUGUAACAACAACAAAAACGAGAGGCGGAGAUCGAGGAGAAGUAGAAGGUUAAUCUCUACCGGAAAAUGGAAUCUCGGCCAUGCCGCAACAUACAGUGGAACGUGGCAGCGAGAGAACAGGCGGCGGAAUACUCGUAGGAAGCGGAAUAAGAGAGGAAGCGGAAGCCGGAAGGCGGAAGCCGGAAGUGAGAUAAGCGGCAGAAGAAGGCAGAAGUAAAGGUUUAAUUAAAUUAAAUUCAAUUCAAUUAAAUUACUUAUUACAAUGAUAUCUUGAAGUGUUCAUGUAUUCGAAUGUAGGUUAACUAAGUCAAGCAUACAACAAAUAUGUAAUUCUAUGCAUAGUAUGUAUAUGAAUCCGUAUAUAUAUAUAUUAUAUAUAUAUUGAUAACAACUUUUUUUUUCUAACUCUAAGCAUUUGUAUUACCCGCUAAACAAAUGAACAACAAAAACAAAAACAAAACCACAAACAAAUGAAAUGAAAAACAAACCAAAAAA